CCUCGACGACAGACAGACAGACAGACAGACAGCCAGCCGCUCACCGUCCUGCUGCCGCUGCGGAGUCCUCGUCUUCUCCCCUCCGAGCCCCCGGCGUUGUUGGUUUUUCUCCCCCGCUUGCGAGGUUCCUCUCACGGGGCAAAGCCAAGCCAAGAGUUCGGUCUCUUUCCCUGGGGGGCUUUUCUUUUUGGAAAAAAAAAAAUAAUAAAAGUAUUUUUUGCAAGCGUUAUUCUUUUAGUUUCCCUUUAAAGAGAUAUGGAGAAAAUGGCCAGACCUCUUGCUAUAAACCCAACUUUCCUGCCGCCGACUCACGGCGUCCUGAAAUCGCUGCUGGAAAACCCGCUGAAGCUGCCUUUCCAUCACGAUGAAGGAUUCGGGAAAGACAAGGAGAAAGCGAAGAAGCUGGACGAUGAGAGCAGCGCGGCCAACCACCCACAGUCGGCCUUCCUGGGCCCGACCCUCUGGGACAAGACCCUGCCCUACGAUGCGGACAACUUUCAGCUGGAGUACAUGGACCUGGAGGAGUUCCUGUCGGAGAACGGCAUCCCCGCCAACACAGCCCAGAGCAACCAGGCCCCGCAGGCGACGCAGCCGGCACAGCAGGCCCCGCCACCCACCCCGCCUACCCCGACCACGCCCUCAGUGGUGGACCUCAGCAGCCGCGCCACCACCUCGGUUCACACGGGCCUGGCGCCUCAGAACUGCCUCUGCAGCCCCAGCACAGCAGCACUGCCCUCACCCCGGGACACACCCAGCCCCAUCGACCCAGAGUCCAUCCAGGUGCCCCUGGCCUACGAGCCUGACCCGGCAGACCUGGCCCUGUCCAGCGUGCCCGGCCAGGAAAUGUUCGACCCCAGAAAACGCAAAUUCUCUGCAGAGGAGCUGAAGCCGCAGCCCAUGAUCAAGAAGGCCCGCAAGGUCUUUAUCCCCGAGGACCUGAAGGACGACCGGUACUGGGCCCGGCGCAGAAAGAACAACGUGGCAGCCAAGAGGUCACGGGACGCCCGGCGGCUGAAGGAGAACCAGAUCGCCAUCCGGGCCAGCUUCCUGGAGAAGGAGAACGCCGCUCUCCGCAUGGAGGUAGCGGACAUGAGGAAGGAGCUUGGCCGCUGCAAGAACAUUCUGGCUAAAUAUGAGGCCCGACACGGGCCCCUGUGAGCCCCCCACCCCCCAACUCCAAACCUCCUCGCCAGCCCGACCACCAACCCAACACCCACUUUCACCACCCUGACCCCACUGUCCCUCGAGUUUGAAGGACAAUGUGUCUCUUUUGGUGGCACUGCCCCGUCCUCCUCCACCGCCCCCUACCUCCUCCUCCUCCCACAAACCUCCCCCUCCUCAACCAACACACCUGUAUGAUUCUGGUAUUAUAACUGUCAUUUUGACUUUUAUCAUAAGCUUCGAUUUUUGUCUGUUCCUUCUUUUAUUUUCUGUACACAUCGUUCAACUAAAUAUAUAUAUACACGUUUAUUUACGUAUAUAUAUAUAUAUAUACAUAGAUAAAUAUAUGUAUUUACACAUGCAUACUUCCCACUUUAAUGUACUGUGAGGAGUUAUGAGCCAACCCACCAGCUGAGUCCCCCGCUACCUUCCACUUUUUGCGAAACGAUGCCAUGCUGUUUGUUGUUCACUUUCAUACCAAUUUUAUACGUGAGAUCAGGACUGAAAACUGUUGUUUCCCUCCUCCUCCUUUUUUUUCUUCUUCUUCUUCUUCUUCUUCUUCUGUGAACAUGUGACGUGUCCGAGAGCCUGCUUAUACCCCCCCAAAAUCUUUGUGCUUUUUUUAAACCCUGUAAAAGGUUUGUUUCUCUUUCCAUCAGCUAAAAGGUUUGUUUCUCUUUCCAUCAGCAUCUUCUUUUUCACUCCCUUUUUUUUUUAAACUCUUUUCUUGGUGUUUAUGUUGUACUUCAGUAACCACCCCCCCCCAACACGCGCUAGCUUCUCCUAGCAGCAUUCUCUGUAUUUUAACAUUCAGAUAGCACAUUUUUCCUUGUGCAAUCGUGGCGUAAGAUUUGCCGUUUUUAAAGAAGAAUAGCGUUUUCUUCAUCAACCGGACACUGAGCAAUAAUUCCUGUCCAGAACUAAACUGACUACCUACAUUGUUCCUCACCCCACCCUGAUCUCACCCCUCUCUCCGCCACCUCUCGUUUCAGCUCGCCUCCGUUAACUAAGAUAACCUUAGUUAACCUCUGCACUAAUGCGUGUCUCACAAUCUGAUCCGGUGCAAUGUUUCCACUCACUCAAAGUUUCCUCCGCCUCAUAUUUAUCUACCUUUUAUUUCUCAGAUGGAAGAUGUUUUUUUUUAUAUAUAUGUAUUCUGUUGAUAUAAUUGUUAGUAUUAAUACUACUCUUGACAUUGUUGUCGUUUAGCCUCCUUGUUUUCAGAUUUCAGCAUGAUUUUCUUUCACAGAACGAAAAGCUGUUUGCAAAUCUUUUAUCUCUUUUUUUUUUGCAAAGUUGUUGAUAAUUCUUUUUCUUUUUUUUGCUUCUGUUUAACUUAGCAUGAUUAAUAUGCGUGUUUUUAUUUUAGAAAUCAAUACAGAUAGAUGUCUGUAGUCUCUCAUUGUAGCUCUAUGUUUGCCCUCUUUUUAAAGAUGGCUGUAUGAAUGUAAGAGAUGUUGACAAAAAAAAGUUGGAUGGUGUUGUCCAAUACUGUGGUUAACCCAAUCAAUUUGUUUACUGCAGACCAAACGAUUCACAACAGAGAUGAUAUAUUGGUUACAAGAGAUAUGUUUAUAUAAACCUAUUCUAUAAGUUGUUCUUUUUGUACAGUAUUUUUCCUAUACAUUACUGAACUAUGUAUUUUAAAGGCACAACAGAUCCAGAAUAUUAUUAAAGAAUACAAGUAUAUAACUCAAAGACAAAUGCAUAUAGUGGUAUUUUGAUAUUCUAUAUUAGCUAGGAUGUGGUAGUUUUACAGAGAUUUGUGGAUAUUCAGCAACACCCAAACCUCCUGGGCAUUAUUAUCAUUAUGACAGCACUCCUGCUUAUGUUGGCGCCACCUGUAGGCUCAUUUAAAUCCCAUUCAACUCUAAGGAAGCAGAUGCUGAAAAUGCAGUCCAGAAGAGAGAAUGUACAGUUAGGCCCUUUUUUUCCCCAUCAGCUCAAAUCCGACAAGAAACCCCCACUUAGUUCACCGUGUUCAAUGCUGUGACCUUUCCCCCGACACGCCCCGACAUUUACUGAGUCGUCCAGGCUUUUCUUCCUUUAAGUGGUGAAUAUUCUGACUUUUUGAGGCUUUUUUUGUAACCGCGCAGCUUGUGAGUCUUGUUUUCUUUCUGAUCUUUCGACGGGAUGAAGUUACUAUGAAGGAAGGGAAAUCUAUAGCUGGUUUAACAUUGCUGCUCUGUGUGUGUUUGGUUCCCUCAGCCAAUGCAGUUGUAGUAUGUCCCUGAACCUGAGUGAUGGACACUGGGAAGCUUUAUUUCAUUCUGAAAUGAAGGCUUACAGUGGAGCCCAAACCUUAGUUGUGUUGUAGUGUAGAGCUGCAUGCUGCUUUUUACCAAUCAGUCCAAGACUGGGAUGCGACCGAUUCAAGUUUUUGAGGGCUGAUAUUCGCGUUUCUGAAAAUCUGUACGGAAACCAAUCUACCAGCGCCUUUAAACUCAAUACUCAAACCAAACUGUGAUAGAAACUGUUUCAUUUUAUGUGCCACACUAUUUCCUGGAUGGGUGCAGUAACUUCCUGGAGUCUGAUGGUGACAGCAAGACACUGUAUAAUCACAAAUUGUUGCUGUUUUUCAGUGUUUUUUUUUUGUACAGACGUGAUAUAAUCUGAUAAUUAUUGAGCUUUUAGAACUGCUAGUCAGUUUGGGUGGAGCAAUGGUAGCUAUUUCUAGCCUUUGUGCUAAGCUAAGCUAACCAGCUGCUGGCUGUAGCUUCAUAUUUAGCAUACAGAUGUGAGCAACAUAUUCUAGCUGGUGGUUUAGAUGGUUGACAGAUUUCUCCUUUUCAUCAGGAAUUGGCUAAAAUCAGGACAAUUCAAAUAUAAAAGUCCUGUUUGUUAUUUAAUCUUUAAUUUUAGGUUAUUUGAGAAUUAAAUGUUGUUUUUACAUUCAAUUGUAGAUUUUUUUUUAUUAAGUCUGUUUUAUUAAUGAUGUUUUAAUGAGGAUUCUCAUUUAAUUUUUAUUAUGUAUUUUCAUAUGUGAAAAUAAAAGAUGAAAAACUUUUAGCAUACAUUUGUUGACAAAUGUGCACAAAGUAAAUGAUUUCAUUUUAAUAGUGGCAGUCCCAAACUUCCGUAUAUUUUUGUGCCGAAAUCUUUAAAACUUUAAAGGCGUCAGUUCAGUUCAAAAACAGGUUUUAAAUCCUACUAAUUCUAAAUGAAACAAUCAGAAAAGCCAGUAUCCACCCAAUAAAACAGCAAAUGGACACGUCGGUCAAAUCCCAGUCCCGGCUUGGUUGAACAUUAUUGAUCCGAUCCAAAGGUGUGUGUGUGUGUGACACAACGAGAUUCUUUUCUAACCACAAACUGUUUGUCUUAGUAUUUUUGCGCUUUAGAAGGUGUUUCCCUUCUGCAUCUUAUCUGCACAGACGCACUCGAGUGUGAACAGGGUUCGUAGAGAAGAGUGAAGACUGGAACGAUGCCUCCCGAGUCCGAGGAGCAUCUUUUUAUGAAAUCAUACAUUUACUGUAUAUAGGAAAAAGCCAAUAAUUAAUCCAUGUGUAUCCCAAAAUUACCUCACUGUCGAGUGAUUUCACUACCUCACCCGGAAACGUUAACCAUAAUUCUGAGUCUAUUCCAGUGCCUUGAAUACACUGACUGUUCUACAGUCUCUCAGCAAUGUAAAGUUCUCAUCACAGCACCAAUCGGAUAGGUUCAGAUCUGCACUGAAGGGCUUCUUAGUGCAUCAAAAAGUCUAUAUUAUAUACACUGGCAACUCUUCAUUUCUUAUUUUGGACAUUGCAACAGACCUGUAACCAUUGUAUUCAUGGCAACACCAACGGACUGAGUGUGUAAGAACACAACAGAAAGGUGUAUUCGGUCUUGUUUGUCAUGGAAUGGAUGCAUAACAUUUAUUUGUGCUGUUCAGCCCUCGGCCUCUCCGUCUCUCUGUAAUUUGUAGUGUCUAAUAAAAUCCCAAUUCUUU